CAGAUGUCUGGUGUACCAGCGGAAGCAAAUGCUGAACAAUAUAGCCUGUUAUGCCCUGAUGGACAUCUCCAACCCCUUAACACAACACAUCCUUGCGUCUGGGUGGCCAAACCCUGGCCAGCGAUUGCAGCGAAACGCACAACGGCAUCAGCAAUCCACUUACUGGUCGGAGGCUUAAGUCAUGAGAGUACAGAUUCUUGGAGAAAUGCAUUACUAAGUUUAUUGGAGACGCAUCAUGUCAAUAUAACAACAUUAGAUAAUGUAAUACCCAUUGACGACUAUCUAGACCAAGCUAUUGGUUUUCAAGGAGCAUAUAGCUUUGCAAGUUGCAAUCCACCAAGAUCGAUAUCUAUUUGUACAAGCAGUACCAUAGCAUUAGCAAAAUGUACAUGGAUGCAAGAAUCAGCAGCAGUCCAAGGUGUUGAACCAGACGUUCAAUGUAUCAGAAAGAUGAAUGAUACAGAGUGCGUUCGUGCUGUUGCAUAUGGAGAAGUAGAUGUUACAAUAGUGCAGCAAGAGGAUAGAUUUGAAGCUGAAAGGUUAGGUUUACAACCGAUUUUAUUCGAGUACCCGCUAGAAGCUAAACAUUUUUAUCGUUCAGCUUUUGUGGUAAGGUCGACCUCUGAUAUUCACAGCAUUUCUGGCUUGAAGAACAAAAGGGUUUGCUUUGCAUCAAACAAAGGAUCAGCCUGGUUUUCUGCACUAGACGAAUUGAGAAAUCAAAGUAUGAUUCAAAACGCUGAUAAUUGCAAUGAAAAAGAUUUGUUGAGAGACUUUUUCUCCGAACUUUGUAUACCUGGUAGCAAGGACAACAAAUUGUGCGGCGCGCAUCAAGAAUAUAUAGGAGAGGAAGGGGCUUUCAGAUGUUUAGCAGAAGGUAAGGCCGAUGUUGCAGUUAUGGGCCUGGGGACGGUAGAAGAAUACACAGAUGGCUCAAGCAAUGAAAAAUGGGCAAGAUAUUUGAAAUCGUCCGAUUUCCGAUCGCUGUGCCGACAUGGGGUAGACUCACCACCUUUGAAUAAGAAAAGCCCUUGUUUCUUAAGCUGGACUCCGCAAGGAUCAAUCAUGGUCCGACACAACAAUAGCGAAUGGAGAAAGGAAGAAAUACGAAACGUUUUUGGAGCAUUGGAUUCGCUCUUUGGAAAAUUCUAUAAAGCCCAUACGCCUUCAUUUACUAUGUAUGCCCCAUUUGAUACUAAAGGCGGCAUUAUUUUUCAUGAAACUACUGCCAAAUUAGUAACUUAUAAAGAUAUUUUAAGGGACAGACAUGACAAAAAUUAUGAAUUUGUCCGAAAGGAUUUGAGAUGCUCCUCGAUAGAUUCCGGUGCGAUGAAGAACAAGAUUUGUGCAGCAAGCUUGAUAAUACUUUUCUAUUGUUCAAUUUAUCUGUGA